CCACCGAACACCGCUAAACGAGGUCAGUAGCGGUUCGGUUUGUAGAAGAAGAAUUGGGGAUUGUGCGGGAAGCAAGAGGGUAAAGAUGGGUUGGGUGUGGAAGGACGAUGAUGAAUCCGGCGAUUCCCCAAACGGCGAUAUCGAAGCCUCUUCGAACCCUAGUAGUUAUAAAGACCGAUGCUCUACCAGAAAGAUUCUCAAAUCGCACUGUAAAACCGAAGAGGUGGAGCCUGGAAAAUUCCUCAGAAAGUGCGAGAAAACCGAGCAGAUCCUCAAGGACUGCUUUGGAAGUCGCCAUCCGGAGGUUCUUUGGGCUCAACGUUCUGAUAAAGUGUACCUGACCAUUGCUUUACCUGAUGCAAAAAAUGUAUCCGUGAAAUGUGAGCCUGAGGGGUUAUUUAGUUUCUCUGCUGUGGGUGUGCAAGGUGAAUCCUUUGACUUCAGUUUGGAACUUUAUGGUAAAAUUGUACCCGAGGGCUGCAAAACUAACAUUGGGUUAAGGAACAUACCAUGCUCAAUUCAAAAAGAGCAGAAGGGUUGGUGGAAAAGAAUAUUGAAGUCUGAAGAAAAACCUGCUCCGUACCUUAAAGUUGAUUGGAACAAAUGGUGUGAUGAGGAUGAAGAGUCGAGCAGUUCGGAUUUUGCCUGUGAUGAUGAUGUGGCGUGCACUGGUGAAGAUGAUGGGAGCGGUGAUGAUGAAGGAAUGCUUUAUCUUCCUGACUUGGAGAAGGCCAGAGGAAACUAACAAGAGACGAAGUGCUAGAGUAACAUGAUGAUGAUGGAGUUUUAACCUUUGAUAAAAUGUGAACUGUGGUCCUCUCUUUACUUUGUAUAUAUAUCUGAUCUAAGUUGUGGGUAUGGACAGUAGGGGCUGAAAUUUGAUUUUCAGUCUUUUGGCAUGUAAAACUUGAAUGUCUUAUUAGAGACUAUCUUUUAGUACGCUUGAGGUUCUUGAGACUACGGUGACAACUCUGUAAUAUCACUGAGUAUCAUUCAGUGGCCUUCACCUCUAUUUCUGGGUUUAACUACAGUAUUAUUCUAAAUGAAAUUUUGCCCUGGAUUGGUUGGAAA